UUCCGUGUUUGUUGCAAAUUUCAGACAAAACCUUUCCUUUUUAUGUCUUUUGUCCGUCUUCGACCUCCAACCGCCAAAUCCGGCACGAUGCGGCUACCAUCCGCCACUCAGAUGACCGGAGGUGGACUUGGGAUCGCCGCUAUGUCAUACGUGGCAAUCGAUUACAUGCGUUACGUGUCACCGGUGUGGCAUUCUCGUCUCAUGCCAGUUCUUUGGUCGGUUCUUGCUCUUGCCGUCGUGACUCGUGUUCUGUUCUACAAGCACUGGUCUAAAGAGCUACGAGCAGCUAUUCCUUUCCUUGGUUCAAUCGUGUUCAUGCUCUGUGCUCUUCUCUUUGAAGCUCUUUGUGUUCGCUCUGUUACUGCUGUUCUUGGCUUAGAUUGGCACCGGGAUACGCCUCCACUUCCUGAUACAGGCCAAUGGUUCUUACUUGCAUUAAACGAGAGCCUUCCCGAGACAAUUGUGGAAAUCUUGAGAGCUCAUAUCAUUGGAUUGCAUCAUUUUCUUAUGUUGUUUGUAAUGUUGGGUUUCUCGGUAGUGUUCGACUCAGUGAAAGCUCCAGGUUUAGGAUUAGGUGCGAGAUUCAUGUUUACGAUGGGAGUGGGACGUCUUUUAAGAGCUAUAACUUUCGUAUCGACUAUCUUACCUUCAGCUCGACCUUGGUGUGCUUCAGCCCGGUUUAACAAUGUACCUUCUCAGCCUCAUCGUUGGGCUCAGAAAUAUUAUGUCCCUUAUGCUAAUGACCCCGCUGCUAUACGGAAGCUCCUCCAUGUGGAUGCAGCUUAUGCUGACCCAGGGAGAUACAUUGGUGACUAUAAAGCUGAUUGGGGUUCAAUGAGCUUCCUCAGUGAGUUCUUGAGACCUAGUUACUCUGAAGGGCCUUCUUGGUUUGCUCUACUAAAGAAAGCUGGAGGUGGUUGCAAUGACCUCUUGUAUAGUGGUCACAUGCUUGUAGCUGUCUUAACCGCUAUGGCUUGGACGGAGGCUUAUGGAGGUUUCUCUUCGGCAAUGAUAUGGUUGUUCGUGGCUCACAGCGCGCAGAGGGAAAUACGAGAGCGUCACCAUUACACGGUAGAUUGCAUCGUGGCGAUUUAUGUCGGUAUCCUUCUCUGGAAAAUGACGGGUUUCAUCUGGUCAGAAAAAAAGAAAACGAAGCAGACACAACUAGAGAAGAUUCAGAACAGGCUAAUCCAUGCAGCAAAGGAUUCGGACAUGGAAGCUGUAAGGAGACUUGUUGAGGAGAUGGAGGUUAGCUGCGGGGAAAAGAAGCAGAGUAAAGCCGUCUCGAACCGGACAAUGACUGUGUUUGCGUGUGCGACAGUGAUCACAACACUUACUAUAGUGAUUCUGGCGUUGACUUUGACAAGCGACGGCUAAAAGAGAGUUGGACUAAGGAUAGUUGUAUUUCCACGUUUUUCUACAAUCUUGUUUAUUGUUUGCACUUUGCAAGUGUGAUUAAAUUUUUUUGUGCUACUACUUUCUUGGCAUUUUGGUUUUUGAUGAUCAGAGACUUCAGUAGUUAAAA